AAUGGGCCUACGAUAGUAACGUGUCGCCAUCUUGCAUGUAUUUGAGUGAAUCUCUACUCUUCCAAUAGGAAUCAACCAGUCUGCUCUUGCAUGCUGCUGUCGUCACGAAUCUUUUUCGCUAGUGGUUUUUGCAUCUGAAAAAUACCAUUGUUGAAGUGUGAAUUCGUGCAAGUGAUGGCAUAAAACGUGAAUAGAGGAAAUUACUAUCCAUCGUGCAGGAAACAUGUGAAUAAGGUGUUCAAAAUGAAUGAAAACUACGCGGCUGCUGCGGCCGCACAACAAAUGCCAUUUGAAAAACUUGUGCGUGUUGGAUAUUACGAACUGGAUAAAACCAUCGGGAAAGGGAAUUUCGCUGUGGUAAAACUGGCCUCCAAUGUGAUAACCAACUCGAAGGUUGCAAUUAAAAUAAUCGAUAAAACAUGUCUCGACGAGGAGAACCUGGCGAAAACAUUUCGCGAAAUUUCAAUACUGAAGGUGUUACAUCAUCCGCACAUUACACGAUUAUACGAGGUCAUGGAAUCACGCAACAAAAUCUAUCUGGUAACGGAGCACGCCGCACGGGGUGAGAUAUUCGAUCACCUGGUUGCGAAUGGCCGCAUGAAGGAGGAAGAGGCGGCGCGGAUUUUCUCGCAAAUAAUCUCCGCAGUGGAUUAUUGUCACUGCAAAGGCAUCGUACAUCGCGAUCUGAAAGCGGAAAAUGUUCUGCUGGACAACGAGAUGAACGUUAAAUUAGCCGACUUUGGCUUCAGCAAUACAUUUACCGAAGGCACUCCCUUGCGGACCUGGUGCGGGUCGCCACCGUAUGCAGCCCCGGAGGUUUUUCAAGGAGUGGAGUAUGACGGUCCCCGGUCGGACAUAUGGAGCCUUGGAGUAGUUCUGUAUGUGCUAGUAUGCGGUGCACUUCCGUUCGAUGGUGCUACUCUUCACGAUUUGCGAAGCGUCGUUGUAGCUGGCAAGUUUAGAAUUCCAUUUUUUAUGUCGCAAGAAUGUGAGCACCUGAUAAGGCACAUGCUGGUUGUCGAGCCAGAAAAACGGUACACGCUAAAACAGAUUGCGCAUCACAAAUGGUUGGAAAUGUACAACACUAUUCCUAUACUUGAAACUGGCUCGUAUCAGCAAACCGAAAGCGCAAAUUUGGACACAAUCGUUAUGACUCAUAUGCUGCAGCUUCCUGGUCUUACUGCCGACAUGAUCGCACAGUCAGUCCAUGAGAAUCGCUUUGAUCAUAUUUAUGCAAUUUAUUAUCUCCUUGUAGAUAAACUGAAGCAAAAGCGAAAAGAAAAAAGCCGGUUGCAGCAUCACGCUAGUUUAGCGUAUUCGCGGUCGCGUAAGACUAGUAUCACAACCGGUGUUGUAGAUCGAACCGAAGUAAUUAAGAAUGAUUCUCUGGAGCGGCUCAGUCCACUGACUAGUACCGGUUCUCCGAUUCUCAAUAUGUCCGCUGGAAUUGCAGCAACAGAUGAGCUGGAAAAGUAUGAACUUGACUCUGCAAACAUCGCAAGAACACCUGAGUCUACGGAUCAUCUGUUCCCGCCUACUUGUGCAAACACUUCGGCCAACACACGACGGCACACUGUUGGCCCAGGGGAUGUUGCUCACGAACAAGCGUUGGCCAAUCCAAACGCACCGAUCAAUUUCAAAGUUGGACCAGCGGAACUGCAACCUCCAACCCAAAACGUUCCCAUCAAUAUUCCGAUGCUACAAAAUCAACCAGUUCAUAAUCUCACUAUCAAGGAUCAGCAUCUGUUGAAACCACCCACCGUCAUGGGUGCAAGUGCAUUCGGCAGACGGGCUUCUGAUGGAGGCGCUAAUUUACACAUUUACUACCCAACGUCAGGCAACUUUAAUGAUCAACCGGCGAGCGGUGAAGUGAUGUACGGCAAUCAGGCAGCACAUGUCAUGAUUCCAACGGGUGAUCACCCGAUGCCCGCGGUCCCCGGGACCGAAGUACCGGAUGAUUCCAGUGAUGAAAUACAAAGGUACAUGCACGGGAGAGGCUGUUCCAAGCGGCACACCGUAGGAUGUACGGAUGAUUUGUCUGGUAGUAACGGAGCACCUAUGGAACCUCCCCAAGCACACUCUCCUGCACCAACCACAGCGGGGACUUCCGGUGGAGGUCGCACACGAAGAACAGGCCUGCUAACGGUUAUGGAGAGACCACCAGUGAUUAGUCCUGAUUUGAUACGUGAAGUAGAGGCACGAAUGAAUCGCAACUAUCUACCUCCAUCGCUAAUGAGCACACCGCCAACGACGGCGCCACUGCUGCCAGCGCACAUGUCCGGAAUCGGAGUAAGCGGUCCCUCCGCGGUCACAUUGGGAGGUGUGCCAAGCAUACAGUCUGGUAGACCAAAUUCACUGACUCCAAUGAUGGGAGGAUUCGGGCUACCGGCGGGACUAGAGCAAAAUCCUCCACCGCCAGCGCCUGGUCCUUCCUUGCAAUCUACCUCGGCACAAUCAAUUGCCACUUCCAAUGCACUGCAGAAUGUGUGUAGUAGACGCUUUGCUAGAACAUGUAAACUGCCUACCGUUCAGGAGUUUGGUCGCUACAGUCCCGUUCGGAGAGCAUCGGAAGGCUCCAAAAUCAACACACAAUUCCAAGGACCAUUCCAAGAGUGCCAGCAGCUGCAAAAGGGUCUCAAUGCUGGCACUCAACAACGAAAUCUGCUAAUCACACCAAGUCCCCCACUAGCGGAUAACUCGGUAAGCCUACCAGGUUCCCCAAUGCACUGCAAACCUUUCGAUGAGAGGUCUCAGCAAGAUAUUCAGCUGCCCCUGGACAUGGUGCUCUCGUUGAUACCUGGCCUGGAAAAGUUGGUGCUCGAAAAACGCAUUCAAAUCGAGACCGCCAAAAAUAUCAUAAGCACACGAACGUUACCGUACGAAGUAAGGCAGCAGUUGGGAUUGUUUGCCCACUCGGUUGCACCGGACCUAGGUUACACUUUGCAGCAGCAGCUACAGCACAGUCAGAGCGUUUCUCCACUUACUGCACGGCCAGCAACUUUGCAGCCUAACAACCUUGCUGGAAGCAGUAUCGUUACUCCCAACUUUGGUUUUUACGGUGGCCUGCCUUAUUCCCCCUUUGGAGCCCCUGGAGUGUACCCAGGAAUCAACUUUGCUGGCAGCAGCAGUAACAGUGGUUGUCCUUCACCAGUAUACUACAGCGAAUGUCCAUCGCCUAUCCUACCUGGACCAUCCAGUGCGACUGCUGGUGGUGCUUCGCCUAUGCACCAGAUCACACAUGGUAUUAGUAUUAUAAACACUGGCAGUGGCACGACUUCGGCUGCUGGAGGAUCCAUCACCCGUGGAACGUCUGCCGCAUUUCCAGUGUCGUGCAAUGAACCGUUAGAUCUUAGUAUGGACGUAGUCAACAGCGUAGAGUUAGAUUUUCCACGAAAUAACUUUACGAUGAAUGCUUCAAUUGCGGGAAGCUCAACACAUAAUUAUUUUGACAUGAAAAACUUCAGCCUUAUGCCACCGCAACAAAUGCGACUUACCGCGACACCCCCGACUUCACCGAAUCUAUGUAUCAUACAAGAGGAAAAUCAUACUGCCGCACCGUUCCAUGGAGGCGUACCGUACAAAAGCCAAUCUGCCGGAGGUUCACCGGAAGAUUUGAGCUUUCAGCAUACGCAUCCACAAAUCUGUCUAACAGAUGUGCAAGGAAGCGAGAUAACCCUAGUAGCGCUGUCAGACUCAAGUCACGAUAGUGACGAUUCGCUGAAUUGCCAAAGCUCAGGAUUAGGCUUCCAAGGCUUACUAAUAUCGGAACCCUCUAGCGAUAUGCCUUCUAUCACCCGUGGGGUUGGAAGGAAAGCUAGUCUCGAAACUGAGAACAACUCAACAUCAACUUCAACCAAACUAGAAACGGACACUAGCGAAUCUUACGCGAGACGGGGUAGUGACAAAUCUCUCGGUUUCAGCGAUGAUAGUCUCAGUAACGAUUCGAAUCAUUCGAAUCUCUCACCUAGUCAGGAACCAUCGGCCAGUUCCGGUUUCAAAAGUUGCGAUUCUCAUUCCGAGCAGGACGCUCGGCUCAGUCCGGAUUCGCUGUGCGACACACGAACUCUGACGGACGAAUGCUUCGAGCUACCGCUGCCGCAAGAGUGCUCCACGCUGGAUUCUUCUCGAAUAUUGGAAAUGGUGAAACGAAGGAUCGAUUCCAAGAUGCCACCGAUGGGCUGCGUGUUCAAUGCAGCCAAGGCAGACCCGGACGGUGGCCAGCACAGCCGAGCGGAUUUAGAUGCCACGCUGGCACCCGCAGGCGAUAGUUCAAAUCUCAGCCUAGAGUACUCCGGAGGGUUGCAGAUCGAGCUGCAGGUGUUUGAGGGUCGCAUCAAGGAUAGCCACAGUGGCAAGGGUAUUAAGUUACGACGGAUUUCCGGUGAUCAAAAUGAGUAUGGAAAACUGUGCCAGCAGCUUAUCACUUCCCUUACCGUUUGAAAGCGGCAGAGCCACUUGAUGGCUUAGUACGGACGGCGGUUUUGAGUGCAUUCUCGCGCAGAAGUAGCGGUUGGGUAACCUCCCGUUAUUUGGUUUGAAGAGUUGAGUUUGUACAGUUACGUUUCACUCCGUCUGGGUGUUGUGAUAUUUGCAAAACAUUACAAUUAUUUUAAAUUCCACAAAUUAAUUACUGUAUUAUAUCAGCUAGCAAUUUGCAUAAAUAGUAAUGGUUUUCUUUUUUUUUGCCUGUAUUUUUGAGGUUUUCAGCCUGCGGCUGGUUCGCCUCAUAAUUAUGGUUACAUCGGUCAUGAAACUAUGACAAACUUUUAAGUUACUUUUCACGAACACUGUUGAUGUGGGUGACCGAGUUCUUUAACAUAUUCUAAUUCUAAUUUUGUUACUCACUGAAAGAUUUUUAUUACAGAGAAAUAGUCACAAUUUUCAAUUAACUUGGAAUGUAGAAAUAUUUCAUACAAGCUACAAAUUUAGGUUCGAAUGAAAUUUUUUAGCAGAUGUUUUGCGUAUUUUCUGAUCCAAACUACGGAGCAAUCACGAAAGAGGAGUUUCAUGAAACGAACUGCACAAGGGUGAAAAUCAUAAAUGAAGGAUUUCUUCAUUGUGUUCAUAGGUAAUCUACGUAAAAUGAAAAGUCUCUUAAAGUGACUCUUUAAUCGUUGAUAAAUUGUUCAUACACAAAACAUAAUCGAUGCAAUACGAAAAAUUUAUCAUUUGUGAUCAAAAUAGCUAGCGAAUGAAAACACUUAAAUGUUUUGUUUGUUUUUGUUCUUUCGGAAUAGUAUUUCCCACUUUUUCAUACGUUAGAAAGAGGAAAGAAAAAAAAACGUUUGCCAUAUAUUGAACCACGUUUGAGUCGUUUUUAACUUGGUAGUAUAUGAGAUGCAAUCUCGUAAUGAUCACAUAGUUUAUGUAAUGACCUCCGGGUUGACUGCAACACCCUCUAAUAUUAUUAUGUUGAUACUAGUGUUUUACUACAUCGGAUCGGAAUCAAAAGAAUAAAGCGGCUUUCCUCGGAUAUGUUUUUUGCAACUUGAGUGUACGUAUUCGAGUGUUCAAAUAGAAAAAUAGUUUACCUCUAGGAGUUUGUGAAAUAUUUCAACAUUUCGUCGCUGUUUGGAACUGGAAUCUAUCGAAAGAAUAUGUUUGUACCAAACUCUUGCAAUGAAACACUUUAUAAUGCACUCUUGAUGGCAAGAAUUUACUAUUUAUUUUGAUCAGCACAAUGUAAACAGUUCUGUUGUAAAUUAGAAAAUUUUCGAGUCCACUUUAUUUUGUUGAUCGGAGUCAUAACAAAUUGUUUAUCUUUUUUGUUUAAAAAGUGUAUUUCAGAAAAAAAAUGGUUUUAGUUUUGCAUACUAUAUAUAGAAAAAAAAAUCGUGGUGUAAAAAUCGGUUCUCAAUUGAUAAAAUCGCAGAAAUUAAGCUCAAACAUUGAUUCGUUUUAAUGACCUUCUGCAUACGAAUAACUACAAAGUCUUGUGAUUUCCCCUUUAAAAUAUAAAUUGUAAAGUUCUAGUGCAAUUAGUACGAUCAAAAAUGUACAUUCCAAAUGUAAAAAAAAGAAAACCUAACACUAUUUCCGGCUAAGUACCGUCAGCUUAAGAAGCCUUCCGACUGUAAAUGAUUCCAUCGCUGUUACGUGAGCGUCGAGAUACUUUGUUGCAAAGUUAUAUAUUCCUCUUCUUAAUAUAAAACAAAAAAAUAA